AUGGCCUCGAUGGCUGGCUCCGACGAUCCCUUUAGCGACCCUCUUCUCGAUACCACCACUCCUUCGCAACCACCACAUUCGUCUGAACCUACGCAGGAGCAUACCAACGUUCCCGAUACACUCGCUGUUGGCAGAAAUGCCUCGUUAACCUUGGGAACCGAUUCCCUCAUCGUCUUAGAUGAAGCGCUUCUAGAUAGCAAAAGCGCCAGCUGCUGCGGCCUGUCUCUUGCUGGCAAGAACAAAUCCACUCGUUCCAUACCCUUUUACCACAUCCUCUGGGCUGAGCACUCCGAGGAUGGUCAGGUCACCAUACAAUACGCGCAAACCAUAUCGAAGAAAGGCGUUCGUCCCGCUAUUGUUAGCUACGCCCUCGACAAACCAGACAGCCGCUUAACAGAAGCCUGGAUAGAGAAGCUCUUGUCUCGCGCAUACGGCGCAUCGCAACGCCGCAAACGAAUCAAAGUGCUCGUCAACCCCUUUGGCGGACAAGGCGGCGCCGUAAAAACAUACCACAAACUCAUCGCGCCCAUCUUCGCCGCAGCCCGCUGCGACCUCGACGUCGAGAAAACCACACACAACGGCCACGGCGUGGAAAUCGCACAAGAGCUAGACAUCGAAGCAUAUGAUGUCGUAGCCUGCUGCUCCGGCGACGGCAUCCCCCACGAAGUGUGGAACGGCCUGGGUAAACGACAGGAUGCUGCUCGUGCGCUGCACAAAGUCGCCGUCGCGCAGCUACCUUGCGGAUCAGGCAAUGCUAUGAGUCUGAACUUCAACGGCACCGACGACCCCAGCCUCGCCGCCCUCGCAGUCGUAAAGGGCAUCCGAACACCCCUCGAUCUCUCCUCGGUAACACAAGGCGACCGCCGUACACUCUCCUUCCUCUCCCAAGCCGUUGGCAUAGUAGCCGAAACCGAUCUUGCAACGGAGCACCUCCGCUGGAUGGGCGCUGCACGCUUUACCUGGGGUUUCCUCGUGCGUCUGAUCAACAAAACGUGUUACCCAGCCGACAUUGCCGUAAAAGUCGAAUACGACAACAAGACGGCCGUCCGCGAAGCUUACCGCACUGAAUCCUCUAAACCCCCUGGCAGCAACGACGACGAUCGCACGUUACCCGCUCCCGACGCCGGUCUCCCGGGCUUGAAAUACGGCACAGCAAAUGACCCCUUGCCCUCUGGUUGGGAACUCAUCCCCCACGACAAGCUCGGCAACUUCUACGCCGGAAACAUUGCUUACAUGUCCCCCGACGCGAAUUUCUUCCCUGCGUCUCUCCCUGCGGACGGCUGUCUCGACCUCAUCCGCAUUCGGGGAGAUAUUCCGCGACAUACGGCCAUCAAGACGCUGCUGGCGAUUGAGAAUCAUACUUUUUUCGAUCUGGAACAUGUGGAUUACCAGAAGAUUAGUGCGUAUAGGAUUAUUCCAAAAGGCCAGCGUGAUGGGUAUAUCAGUAUUGACGGGGAGAGAGUGCCGUUUGAGGGGUUUCAGGUCGAGGUGCAUAGGGGGUUGGGCACGGUGUUGAGUAAGAGUGGACAUUUGUGUGAGGCGAGGGGUGUGUGA